CCCCGAAGGGAUAAGAGCAGCGGUCCCAAUCAAACGAAUGACAAAGUGAAACUAGAGGAAAGAGCCUGAGCUGAGUGUCUGCGAUGCUUCUCUUGAUUUGUUUGAUAACCUCUCCAUGCAGUUCGAACUGUUUAUUAAAGCCAGCGACCUGCAAGGAUGCCCUGCAGGCUCUGAACCGGAGGGAGGGGGCGUGGCCUGUUCGGUGAUACCGCGUGACGUCAGUCCAGGCGCCAAGGAAGGAAAGGAUGACCCCUGGUCACGUGACUCUUCCUCUGACAGCGAGGGGGAUGGAAAAAACGAGAAGAAGAAGAAGAAGAAGAAGCUGAAGACAAAAAGACGCAAGAAGUCCAGCUCAUCUUCCUCAUCCUCCUCAUCCUCCUCGGACAGUGACGGUAGCGAGGUGAGCAGGUCGAUGCGUUUAAGCGGUUGCGGCGUAGCGGCUAGUGCACACGCCGCAGUAAGGUUUUUCCCUGGUACUUUACUAUGGUAAGUGGAGAUGUAGGGCUUGGGAAAGUGCUUGUGCGAUCUGUAUUUCUCCCACGUACCGGGGAGCUGUAAGUGCCACAAUCUGCUGUGUUUUUGUGCGGAGAUUUGUACUCUCUGAUGUUAAACAUAACCCAGAAUGCACCUGUGCUCUGCAACGCUGCCAAUCAAAGCGAGAGUUCACCAAAUCAGCUUUUAACAUUCAUAAACACACACACACUACAUCACCUGUGGUUAAAUGGGAAACUUCAGUUUGUGCUUCAGUUUUUUUUAAAGUAACAUUAAAGCAAAAAACAAAGUCUUUAACCAUUUUCUACACUGAUUUGCAUUCUUUUGAGGAUUGGUAAAUACCGCAGUUCACCUCGAGAAAUGAUUAUGUUGUCCCAAAUUCGUGACUUUUGCUCUUCAGCGUAAAACAAAUGCAUUCGUUCAGCAGAAUGUUUAUGGUGAUCUUUGCCAUGCAGUAAAAGUGCAUAAGGAAUCAUUUAAUUUAGUUUAGUUUAAUUUAAUUUGCAAGGGUUUUUUUUGUUUUAUUUCAUUGGAUAGUGGUGGGAAUGUAUAUAAAACUUUAUUUUUUUAUUUUAUGGAAUAAGAAUUGGUAUUUUAUUUCGUAUUUUAGUGCAUGGUAACUUUGUAUUUUAUUUUAUUUUGGGACAAUUAAGGGGAUUUAUUUGGUUUAGCAGACAGGAUGCCUUUACUUUCAUUCAUUUAUUUAUUUUAAUGGAUAAGAAUAUAUAUUUUUUAUUUUAAUGAAUAGGGAUUUUGUGUAA